GGAGCUUUCUCCCGUUGGCGACCGCUCCAGAGCUUUGACCCGCUAGAGCGGCCAGCCAAGGCAGCGAAUGCGUACAGAUACAUAGGCAGGUAGGAGGCGGCAGCGGCAGCGGUAUCUUGCUUCCAAACGCGACCUCAUCACAGCAAGACCCGGAGGAAACAAGGAGAAGGCAGAGCGGCCUGCCAGAAGGCAAAGGACAGAGGAGGUGCUCGUUCAGGUCUCCAGCUUAGAUCCGGAGGCGAUGGGCAGGGGCGUGCUGGAGGUGCAUCUCGUCGACGCCAAGGGCCUCUUCGGCAGCGAUUUCCUAGGGAAGAUCGACCCGUAUGUGGUGGUGCAGUACCGGAGCCAGGAGCGCAAGAGCAGCACCUCCAGAGAUGAGGGGAGGAACCCGAGCUGGAACGAGGUGUUCCGGUUCCAGAUCAACUCCUCCGCGGCCAACGGGCAGCACAAGCUCUUCCUCCGGAUCAUGGACCACGAUAACUUCUCCAGCGACGACUUCCUCGGCCAAGCAACGAUCAAUGUGACUGAUCUGAUCACCCUUGGCAUGGAGAGCGGCUCGUCGCAGCAAAACCCGGCCAAGUACAGCGUCGUCUCCGCCGACAACUCGUACCACGGCGAGAUCAGAGUGGGCAUCUCGUUCACGGCCACCAAGGUCGAAGAAGACGGCGCGCAGGUCGGAGGCUGGAUGCACAGCUCUCGCGAGUAGAGCAUGAUGCCAAGGACUUCGCUCGUAGCGCAUUAGCGUUGGAAGUUAUGCCCGUGGUUGAACGAUGUGGUUCCAAUUGUAUGUACGUUGCAACUGUAGCUUUUUAGAAGAUGUAUAGUACCAGUAGCCAGAAGUCAGAACAGUUUAGAGAUGUCGGGUCCGAUAAUUGUCGAUUUGUGGUUCUUAUUCUAGGGGAAAUUGUGAUUCUGAAUGCGAACGACAGAAACUUUUCCGUCGCUGAA